UUGGCUGUGCGUUUGGACUCUAAGAGCUUUGUCAUGCCGGGUCCAGCCCUUUGCGUUUGUUAGUCACUGUCUUUUCUCCAGCUCCUGAGGUGUUUACCUGCUUGUGUGGACAUAUAUGUGCUAAAGCUCAUGUUCACAGGACAGGGUUGCUUGGCUGAAAUGUUGCAAUAAUUUUCUUCUGCAGUGUGGUUUUGUGACUGAUGCUUCUCCUCAUCGUGCACUUUAACGAGUGUAGGAGCAGCUGAAAAGCUGCCAUUGAAGGAUCAGCCAUGCUUGGGUGCAUCCAGGCAGAGUUGUUGGUGACUUUGGCUCUGGUCAUUCUGGCCCACACUGGAAUUAAAUGCAGAGCUGAAGGUGACUUACUAUCAAUUACUUUACCAGCAUGGAGUGGCACAUCAGCCCAUGUUGUGCAGUGUUUCUCUAACAAACAUGAGACUUGUGACUGGACAAGCAGCCAAAGAACAGCUCUAGGGGAUGUAAAACUUGACACUCUGGAGAGCCAUCCAUUGGAAUUUGUGGGUGAGGCCUGUUUGGAGUUCUGGUAUCUGGCCCCGGUUGCAUCGCGUGGCUCUGAGCUUCGUGCUCUACUCAAAAGCAGCACUGGUCUUGUGGAAAUCUGGACAUCCCCUGCACUCCCCCGAAAUUCAUGGAAACAAUCAUUUAUAUCCUUGACUAUCUCUGACCCAGGCUCACAGAUUGUUUUUGAAGCUGUCCAAACAGUGUCCCUAGACUGGACUACACUGAGAUGGGUUGGUGUAAAAGGAGGCCCAUGUGGAAACCCGUGUGACUCUGCCACUGACUUGUGGACAGACUCCUCCACACGCUGCCUCUGUUCUGCUGGCCAGCUCUCUUGCUUUCCCUCUCCGUGCCCUACAAAGCAAACAUGUGGUCCUCAAAGGGGAGACUCGAAUGGAGUUGCAACCUCUGGGGUUUGCACUGUACACAAUCACAUUCACUACACCACCUUUGAUGGAGUAAUGUUUGGCUUCAUGUCGCCCUGCUCUUACGUGUUGGCCAAGACUUGCUCACCCACUGAAGUCCUGCCCAGGUUUACUGUAGAGGUGAUCAACAAGCAGAAAGAAAAUGCAGAUCUACCAACUAUUCAACAAGUGGUUGUGGAGCUGGGGAAUGUGAGACUGUCCAUUCUUAAAAGCCAGUCAGACUUUAUUGUGGUUAAUGGUGUCUCGAGGAAGCUUCCACUUAACCUUGACCAUGGCUCUAUCAACGUUCGAAGCAACACUGAAGCUGUAGUACUGGAAACUAGCUUUGGUCUGUCUGUUUCAUACAACCAUGCCGGAAAUGUUCAUGUCACUGUGCCACGUCAGUAUUCCGACAGAGUCUGUGGAUUGUGUGGAAACUUUAACUUCCUGAGAGAUGAGUUCACAAAGUCCGAUGGUACAACUGCUGAAGAUACUUCAGCUUUUGCUGAAAGUUGGAAGACUGUGGAUACUGCUUCCUGUGAAAUCCUUCUGGUGCCUCAGCUGUGUGACCCAUUGCUGGAGGCUAACUAUGGCAGUGAGCUGUAUUGUGGACGCUUACGUUCUGGUUCUGGGCCCUUUCCUAGUUGUCUAUCAGUUAUUGAGGCAGAGAGCUACUUUAGAGCUUGUGUCUCAGGAAUGUGUUCUGGUGAUCAAGCAGUUCUUUGUGAGACCUUUAAAGCUUAUGAAGAUGUCUGCAGACGGGCAGGAGUUGUUGUAGACAUGUGGAGGAACUCGACAGUCUGUCCCCUUCAGUGCAACGAGAACAGCCACUAUAAAUCAUGUGCUGAAGGCUGUCCUGAAGUGUGCUCCAUUCUAGACCUACCCAGUCCCUGUGGAAGCUGUGAAGAAAGAUGCGAGUGUGAUUCUGGCUUUAAGCUCAGUGGGGACAACUGUGUCUCAAAAGAACACUGCGGAUGCUGGCAUAAAGAAAAGCACUAUGCGCACGAUGAAACAUUUGUGGAGGGAAACUGUGUGCAGCAGUGCCACUGCAUGGGUAAUGCUGUGCAGUGCACUGCAAUGCAGUGUGGAGAUGAUGAAAUUUGUAAAGAUAAGGAUGGUGUCAAAGGCUGUUUCCCUUUAAAACCUGCCACCUGCAGUGUUUAUGGAGAUCCCCAUUAUAUCACCUUUGACAACUCUGUCUAUGACUUUCAAGGAGGUUGCAGUUACACACUAACCACUACCUGUGGUGAACAGAGCUCUAUCCAGUUCACUGUAACUGGAUUCAACAUGCAUCCUACCACUCGAUCUUUCACCAGGUCCAAGCUUCAGGCUGUCUCUCUACAGGUGGCUGACCUGCACCUCACUCUGAAUCAGACCAGGGAUGUCUAUGUAGAAGAUGGCCUGGUCAGACUCCCUUAUUCAACAAAUGGUACAUUUGGCACAAUGUGGAUCUACAAGAGAAGAAAUUCUGUUGUUUUGAAGACUACUUUUGGAUUGAAAAUGGAAAUAGAUGGACACAACAGAUUGUUCCUGCAGGUAGAUGAGAGCUAUAAAUAUGAGCUCUGUGGACUGUGCGGCACCUACUCUGAAUAUCAGGGAGAUGACUUUUUAAUGCCAAAUGGUCUAAUUGCUGCUGAGGCAUUUGAGUUUGCUGACAGCUGGAGAGUGAACAACAAUUAUGUGUGCAUUGCCCAUCCCAGUAAACCCAGAGAAUGUGUUGGUGAGGAGAAUUAUGAGGCUGACAGGGAAUGUUCAGUAGUUCUGGGAGAUGCUUUCCAGGCCUGCCAUGAACACAUUCACCCAACAAUCUACCUGUCAAGCUGUGUAUAUGACUACUGUGACACAAGUGGUGACAGAAGCACACUUUGUGAAUCAAUUAAGUCAUAUGUGGCUGCAUGCCAGGUUGUAGGAGUGGAGCUUUCCAACUGGUGGAUUGGUACAGCUUGUGCUGACUCUUUAACCACGGGAGCUCCAACAACCCCCCAUCCAGAUCAGACUUUGUGUCCACUCGACUGCAAUUUUGACAUGAAUAUUUGUGGAUGGGAGCAACUAAUUCAGGAUAGUUUUGAUUGGACAAGACAUUCAGGGCCCACCUCAUCAAAUCUGACUGGACCAAACAAUGACCACACCACUGGAGAGGGAUUUUACAUGUACAUUGAGGGAGAUGGCGUUACCCAUGGAGACUCUGCUCGCUUGAUGAGCUCGGUGUGCCAUUUUGGUGGUGCACUGUGCUUGAACUUCUGGUACUACAUGCAUGGUUCAGCCACAAGCAUGGCUCUCAAUAUUUACCUGCUUAAGAAUAAUAGAGCAACAAAACUAUGGUCUGUAAGAAAUAACCAAGGACCAGAAUGGCGUUUGGCCAGUGUUGAUGUCAUGGUCUUCAGUCCAUUUCAAAUCAUAGUAGAGGGCAUAAGAGGCUCUGAUGCUCUAUCAGAUAUUGCCAUCGAUGACAUUUCCAUCAGUUUAGGCUCUUGUUCAGAAUUUCUUAAAGAAAAAACCAGCCAGGCUGCAGCUAUACGUCCAUUGGCCAUUGCAGAAGUGCAAUCUUCACAGCAAAUGUGCAGUCUUGACUGUAGCUUCAACAACAAUCUGUGUACCUGGAGUCAGAUGACUACUGAUGCUUUUGACUGGACCAGAAGCAGUGGUUCUACCACUACACUGGCUUGUCCUGUUGACCACUCUGGGGAUUACAUUCAUGUUGAGGCCAGUAGUGUCACAUGGGGUGGUACAGCUCGCCUAAUCAGCUCAGAAUGUUCAAAUACUGGUCCUCAAUGUUUACAGUUCUGGUACCAUAUGUAUAGCUCCAGUAAUACAGUAGGCCUAUACAUUUACCUGCUUCAGAACAAUGUGGCUGAUGCCAUUUGGUGGAAAAGCAACAACCAAGGCAUUUUAUGGCGCUUGGCCCAAGUCAACUUUAACACGGCACAAAAUUUUCAGGUAAUAAUUGAAGGACACAAAGGUUCCAAUGACCAGUCAGAUGUUGCGAUUGAUGAAGUAAAGCUCUAUUCUGGACCUUGCUCAGGUCUAAGUGAAGUUAUUGAACCACAUAAAACUCAAAUAGAUGUAAGGAAAACUGUUUCGCCAAGUGUCCAAGCACCUACAGUGGUUCCUGAGCCUCCUGUGCUGACAGUUGUCACUGGAACACCAAUUCUACCCAUACUCAGUACCACCACUGUGGCUCCGAUGGUCCACCCCGUGCUCAGCGAAUCCACGGCAGUCUUUGUGAUCCACCCCGGAUGCCAACUUGGCUGUGAUUUUGAUACUGACUUUUGUCAAUGGAGUCAGCUGCUCACUGAUGUGUUUGACUGGAAGAGGCAUAGUGGUCCCAGUCGCACAACUGGUCCUUCAGAUUACGCAACAGGAAGAGGUCAUUACCUAUACAUUGAAGCAAACAAAACAACAAUGGGGGACACUGCUCGUCUCAUCAGCUCGCGAUGUUCAAAUACUGGCCCACAAUGUCUGCAGUUCUGGUACCAUAUAUAUGGUUCAGCAAACACUAUGGGCUUACACGUUUACCUGCUCCAGAACGGUGUGACCAAUGCUAUAUGGUGGAUGAGAAACAACCAAGGGAAUCAGUGGCACCUGGCUCAAAUAGAUUUCAAUACAACACAAGACUUUCAGGUAAUAAUAGAAGGACACAAAGGCUCAAAUGAAGAGUCGGAUGUUUCAAUUGAUGAUGUAAAGCUUGACUCUGGACAUUGUUCAGGUUUAAUUGGAGGUACUGAACCACAUCCAGCCCCAGUUCUCAAUGCCACGACGAGGGCCCCAGUUCUCAAUGCCACGACGAGGGCCCCAGUUCUCAAUGCCACGACGAGGGCCCCAGUUCUCAAUGCCACGACGAGGGCCCCAGUUCUCAAUGCCACGACGAGGGCCCCAGUUCUCAAUGCCACGACGAGGGCCCCAGUUCUCAAUGCCACGACGAGGGCCCCAGUUCUCAAUGCCACGACGAGGGCCCCAGUUCUCAAUGCCACGACGAGGGCCCCAGUUCUCAAUGCCACGACGAGGGCCCCAGUUCUCAAUGCCACGACGAGGGCCCCAGUUCUCAAUGCCACGACGCGGGCCCCAGUUCUCAAUGCCACGACGCGGGCCCCAGCUCUCAAUGCCACGACGCGGGCCCCAGCUCUCAAUGCCACGACGAGGGCCCCAGCUCUCAAUGCCACGACGAGGGCCCCAGCUCUCAAUGCCACGACGCGGGCCCCAGCUCUCAAUGCCACGACGCGGGCCCCAGCGCUCAAUGCCACGACGCGGGCCCCAGCGCUCAAUGCCACGACGCGGGCCCCAGCGCUCAAUGCCACGACGCGGGCCCCAGCGCUCAAUGCCACGACGCGGGCCCCAGCGCUCAAUGCCACGACGCGGGCCCCAGCGCUCAAUGCCACGACGCGGGCCCCAGCGCUCAAUGCCACGACGGGGGCCCCAGCGCUCAAUGCCACGACGCGGGCCCCAGCGCACUCCCCAGGAUGCCAACUUGACUGUGAUUUUGACAUUGGCUUUUGUCAAUGGAGCCAACUGCUCACUGAUGUAUUUGACUGGACGAGGCAUAGUGGACCCACUUCUACCCCUCAAACUGGUCCCCCUCUGGAUCAUACAUCAGGAGGAGGUCACUACCUUUACAUUGAAGCUGAAAAAGCAACACUUGGGGACACAGCUCGUCUCAUCAGCUCAAGAUGUUCAAAUACUGGUCCUCAAUGUCUACAGUUCUGGUACCAUAUGUAUGGUUCAGCAAAUACUAUGGGUCUUCACGUUUACCUGCUUCAGAACAGUGAGUCUAAAGCCAUUUGGUGGAAGAGUAACAACCAAGGAAAUCAGUGGCACUUGGCUCAAGUAGGCUUUAACACAACACAAGAUUUUCAGCUAAUAGUUGAAGGACGCAGAGGUUCGAAUGAGCAGUCGGAUGUUGCAAUUGACGACAUAAAGCUUCAUUCUGGACUAUGCUCAGGUCAAAGUGGCGUUACUGCACAACCAACUCAAACGGAUCAAAGGACAACCGUUUCUUCAAGUUACCAGGCACCUACCACAGUUGUCCCUGGACCCCCUUUGCUCCAUGUUACAAAUAAAACUCCUAAUUCCCCUGUGCUGCAAGUUUCAAAAGGAACCUCAGCGGCGCCGGUGGUGAGCGCCUCCACGGCGGCGACGGUCCAGCCAGAAUGCCAACUUGAUUGUGAUUUUGACACUGACUUUUGUCAGUGGAGUCAACUCUUCACUGAUGCGUUUGACUGGGAAAGACAUAGUGGGCCUGCUCAAAUUCUAAGUGGCCCCACUUCAGAUCACACAACAGGAGGAGGUCACUACCUUUACAUUGAUGCUAAAAAAGCAACACUUGGAGGCACUGCUCGUCUCAUAAGUUCCAAAUGUUCCAGCUCUGGGCCACAAUGUCUUCAGUUCUGGUACCAUAUGUAUGGCUCUGCUGACACAAUGGGUCUUCAUGUGUACCUUCUUCAGGACAAAGCAAUGUCAAUAUGGAGAAAAAAGAAUGACCAAGGAAACAUGUGGCAUUUUGCUCAAAUUCACUUGAUAACAACUGCAGCAUUCCAGGUCAUUGUUGAAGGACGACUAGGUUCGACUGAAUUGUCUAACAUUGCGAUAGAUGACAUUAUACUUCACGAAGGAUUCUGUGAAGACUCUGUCGAACCAUCAACUACCAGUCCAGUUAAGUUGAGUCCUGUAAUUAAUUCAAUACAGUCUCAAAUAAGUGGUUCUCAACCUGGAUCGUCUUCAACCACUGCUAAACCAGAGUUGACAACACUAGCUCUAACCAAUUCAACACCUAGGCCAAAUCUCUCAACGGCUAACCCUACAACUCUGCAACCAGGAGCACUUGAUACACCACCCUCUUGUGCAGAGAAUAGCCAUUACACCACCUGCAUUCCUAAAUGCAGCCCAACAUGUGCCUUCAUGCAUGGCCCACCAAACUGCAAUGUCAACAAAACUUGCACUGCAGGUUGUGCAUGUAAUGAUGGCUCUGUACAAAAAGGGAAGUAUUGUGUGCCUAUACAAGAGUGUGGCUGUGUGGACCGGAAUGGCUUCAAACAUAAUUUCAAUGACGUGUGGUACACCAAUCACUGCAGCCAGAAAUGUGAGUGUAAUGGUGAUCGCGGCCGUGGGGCAGUUUACUGUCAUGAUGAGGGGUGUGGUGAUGACGAAGUCUGUCUGCAAAGUGAAAUGGGCCAGUAUUACUGCGCAUCUACAGACUUCAGCGAGUGCACAAUCGAGGGGGACCCAGAGUACAAAACGUUUGAUAAAAUGAAGCAUGACUUUAAAGGGAUGCACUUGUAUGUGCUGGUCAGGACCAAAAACCUGCCAAGUAACCUUCCUGAAAUCUACAUAGAGGGUACCAAUGCAUGUGAGGAACAAAGCGGCCAAUCCAAUGAAGAGGAUGACGGCGGUCAGUCUGAAAUGGAACGAUUUCAGGAGCUUAAAGUCACAGUGUACAAUCUUACGGUGGUGCUCAAGCAGAAACACAAGGUGUUUGUGGAUGGACAACAAAUUAAAAUUCCAGUCUCUCCAGCUCCUGGCCUUAACAUCCAUGAGCAUUCCUCUCGUAUCUACCUGAGAACUGACUUUGGUUUUUCUGUGGAGUUCAGUUCAGACUGCAAAGCCGAGAUCAUUCUACCGCAUUUCUACAAGAGAAGGGUGGAGGGCUUGUGCGGAAACUUUGAUGGCCGAAAAAUAAAUGACAAUGUGAAACCAGAUGGCACUACGGCGAAAAGCAUUCAAGAAUCGUACUUCUUCAUCCCUAAAACCAAUAAAAAUGCUGACAGAAUCUUCAUCUCAUCUGUUCCUAUUUUAACAGCAACUACUGAACCUCCCGUGAUUCCUUUGCCUAUGACUACCACACAGACCACCAGCGAUGCCACAUCACCUUCUGGUGGUUUUCAAAUACCAGACUCAACGUCUGAAGCAACUACUGAACCUCCCGUGAUUCCUUUGCCUAUGACUACCACACAGACCACCAGCGAUGGCACAUCACCUUCUGGUGGCUUUCAACUAUCAAACUCAACAUCUGAAGGGAAUCCUAUCGUCGAGUCCUUGGACAAGAUACUUCACCCUCCUUGCUUGCUGGUGGUGGUCAGAGUGACUGGUGACCUCUGUGUACAGCAGCCUUAUCCAAGCUGUGGCUACAGUGAGGUGGUGGUAGUCAGUGCGUCCUGCGGCAGCUUCACUUCUGCCAGUGUGCCCAUGGGCAGUUGUAGCUACGCUGUUUACCGGGAUGCUGUGUUGGGAGAAGAUUCUUCUUCUCUGAGAACCCUGUUACCUCCAGCACUGGGCAACACAACAGCUCCCAUUUCACCAGUCCCAAGCUGUGCUCUUCCAUUUCCAAUGUGUUGCCCUGGACGCAAUGAUGCCUGUCGCAGAGUCUCGUGCUACUGUGACCAAUAUUGCUUGCAAAACAACGACUGCUGUUCUAUGUGUCAACCUGCACAAGUACCACACGAACCACCAGCGAUGCCACACCACCUUCUGGUGGCUUUCGUAUAUCAAACUCAACAUCUGAAGGUUGGUCAUGUUAAUGUUAAAACUAACAAAAUGAGUCAGAAGAAAACUCAUGGUUUAGCAUGGCUCCUCUUUACUGUGUACUACAGCUCCAAGAAUGACCAGCGCUGCAACCACCUACUCACCAGAUACCCGACCUUAUGUAUCCCGGGUGCUCCAGCAGAGCUGCAGAGGCUGCACCGUGUCACUCGGGCUCAUCCGUACCCCUUAACAAGUGCCUACUCUCAGCCACAGACUGCACCAGCUGUGGCCAUCACUGGAAGCUACCGUUCUUCUAUCUGCUCCACUGAAAACCAGCACAGCUUCAGCAGCCUAUGGAGCUAUCUUGAAGGAUCAGCCAUGCUUGGAUCCAUCCAUGCAGAGCUGUUGAUCACAGUGGCUCUGGUUUUCCUGGCUCACUUGGGGACUAAAUGCAGAGCUGCAGGUGACAUAUCAAGUACUCUACCUGAAUGGAGUGGAAAGUCAGCCUAUGUUGUGCAGUGUUUCUCAAACCAACAAAUGACUUGUGAUUGGACAAGCAGCCAAAGAACGGUUCUGGGGGGUGUAAUUAACACUUUGGAGAGUCAUCCAUUGGACUUAAAGGGCGAGUACUGUCUGGAAUUCUGGUAUCUGAUACCAGUUGCAUCUCAGGGUUCUGAGCUCCGUGCUCUAAUCAAAAGCAGCACUGGUUUUGUAGAAAUCUGGACAUCCCCUGCCCUUCCAAGAGAUGCAUGGAGACAAGUGUCAGUAUCCCUGACUGCCUCUGAACCAGGCAUUCAGAUUGUGUUUGAAGCUGUUCCACCAAUGUUUCUAGACUGGACUACAAUGAGACAGAUGACUGUCAGAAGCGGUUUAUGUGUAAAUGCAGUUGAGGUCUUAACAACACCAACUCCAAAAAUUCAACAACCAGAUCAGACAUUGUGUCCACUUAACUGUGAUUUUGAUGUUAACAUUUGUGGAUGGGAGCAGCUAAUUGAGAACAAUUUUGAUUGGACAAGACAUUCUGGACCAACUAAUCCAAAUCUAGCGGGACUAAAUAAUGACCACACCACUGGAGCUGGUUUUUACAUGCAUAUUGAGGGUGAUGGCAUUACCCAUGGAGACUCUGCUCGAUUGAGGAGUUCAGUGUGCCAUUAUAAUGGUCCCCUCUGCUUGCAUUUCUGGUACUACGUGUACGGUUCAACUUCAAGUGUAGCUCUAAGUAGCUACCUGCUUCAGAAUGAUAGAGCAAUGAAGCUUUGGUCUGUGACAAACAACCAGGGAUCCGAAUGGCAUUUGGCUAAUGUUGAUGUCAAAGUCUCAAGUCCAUUUCAAAUAAUCAUUGAGGGAAUAAAAGGCUCUGAUGCCCUCUCUGACAUUGCUGUAGAUGACAUAUCAAUCACUUUAGGCUCAUGUUCAGAAGAUGCCAACCAAGCUGCAAAUAGUCAUCCAUUAACUACUGCAGAAGUGCACUAUUCACACUCAAUUUGCAGUCUUGACUGUAGCUUUACCAACGAUCUAUGUACCUGGAGUCAAAUGACCACAGAUGCUUUUGAAUGGACAAGAAGCAAUGGUUCAUCAACAGCACUGGCUUUUCCUGCUGACACUGGAGAUGAUCAUUUUCUCCAUAUUGAGUCCAUUAGUGCAACAUGGGGUGAUGCGGCUCGUCUAAUAAGCUCGGAGUGUUCAGAUACCGGCACUCACUGUCUUCAGUUUUGGUACAACAUGCAUGGUUCAGCAAGCACUGUGGGCCUAUACAUUUACCUACUUCAGAAUGGUGCCGCUGAUCUUGUUUGGAAAAGCAACAUCCAAGACAAUAUGUGGCACUUGACUCAAGUGGACUUGGACACCACACAAGUGUUUAAGGUAAUGAUCGAGGGACUCAAAGGUUCUGAUGAGCAGUCUGAUGUUGCAAUUGAUGAAGUAAAGCUCAAGUCUGGACCAUGCUCGGGUUUAAGUGAACAUACUGAAAACACGGCGACAACAAUUCUCCCAACAGUGGAACGACCAACAGCUCCAGAAGUAACCCCAGUGUCUACCACCUCCAUGGUCUCCCCCAUUGCCCACGUAACAAAUAAAAUUCCAGAGCCCCCUGUGCUCCAAGCUGUUACUGAGAAACCAUUAAUAACUGUGCCAAACAGCCCCACAACAGUCCCAGUGGUCCAUCCCAUUUUCAACACAACUGUGGAAUCUCUAAACAAAACUGACGGAUGCAAUCUGGACUGUGAUUUUGACACCAACUUGUGUCAGUGGAGUCAGCUGCUCACUGAUGUGUUUGAUUGGAAGAGGCAUAGUGGACCCACUUCUACUUCUAAAACUGGUCCAACUUCAGAUCACACAACAGGAGGAGGCCAUUACCUUUACAUUGAAUCCCAGAAUACCACACUGGGUAACACUGCUCGUCUCAUCAGCUCAGAAUGUUCAAUUACUGGCCCUCAUUGUCUGCAGUUCUGGUACCAUAUGUAUGGUUCAGCAAAUACUAUGGGCCUACAAGUUUACCUGCUCCAGAACAGUGUUGCCAAUACCAUUUGGCGGAAAAGGAACAACCAAGGUGAUCUUUGGCGUUUGGCUCAAGUAGAUUUAAACACACACCAACAAUUUCAGUUGAUCAUUGAAGGACGAAGAGGUUCUAAUGAGCAGUCGGAUGUGGCCAUUGAUGAUGUGAAGCUUUAUUCUAGAAGUUGCUCAGGUCCAGGUGGACAUUUGUCACCACAUCCAACUCGACCUGAUUUAAUGACAUCAGCUCCCCUGACUGUAUCUACCACAAUGGUCCCCAAAACCCCUUUGCUCCCUGUAACAAAUAAAGCACCAGAGCCCACUGUGCUCAAAGUUGUAACUGAAACACUGAUGCCUGUGCUCAACGCCACCACGCAGGCGCCUCCGGCGGUCCAGCCUGUGCUCAACGCCACCACGCAGGCGCCUCCGGCGGUCCAGCCUGUGCUCAACGCCACCACGCAGGCGCCUCCGGCGGUCCAGCCUGUGCUCAACGCCACCACGCAGGCGCCUCCGGCGGUCCAGCCUGUGCUCAACGCCACCACGCAGGCGCCUCCGGCGGUCCAGCCUGUGCUCAACGCCACCACGCAGGCGCCUCCGGCGGUCCAGCCUGUGCUCAACGCCACCACGCAGGCGCCUCCGGCGGUCCAGCCUGUGCUCAACGCCACCACGCAGGCGCCUCCGGCGGUCCAGCCUGUGCUCAACGCCACCACGCAGGCGCCUCCGGCGGUCCAGCCUGUGCUCAACGCCACCACGCAGGCGCCGGAAAGCUAUGGAUGCAAUCUGGACUGUGAUUUUGACACAAACUUGUGUCAGUGGAGUCAGCUGCUCACUGUGUUUGAUUGGAAGAGGCAUAGUGGGCCCAUUUCUACAACUGGUCCAACUUCAGAUCACACAACAGGAGGAGGCCAUUACCUUUACAUUGAAUCCCAGAAUACCACACUGGGUGACACUGCUCGUCUCAUCAGCUCAGAAUGUUCAAUUACUGGCCCUCAUUGUCUGCAGUUCUGGUACCAUAUGUAUGGUUCAGCAAAUACUAUGGGCCUACAUGUUUACCUGCUCCACAACGGUGUUGCAAAUGCCAUUUGGGAAAAAGGGAGCAACCAAGGCAAUCUUUGGCUUUUGGCUCAAGUAGAUUUAAACACACCACAACAAUUUCAGUUGAUCAUUGAAGGACGAAGAGGUUCUAAUGAGCAGUCGGAUGUGGCCAUUGAUGAUGUGAAGCUUUAUUCUAGAAGUUGCUCAGGUCCAAAUGGAAAUUUGUCAUCACAUCCAACUCGACCUGAUUUAAUGACAUCAGCUCCCCUGACUGUAUCUACCACAGUGGUCCCCAAAACCCCUUUGCUCCCUGUAACAAAUAAAGCACCAGAGCCCACUGUGCUCAAAGUUGUAACUGAAACACUGAUGCCUGUGCUCAACGCCACCACGCAGGCGCCUCCGGCGGUCCAGCCUGUGCUCAACGCCACCACGCAGGCGCCUCCGGCGGUCCAGCCUGUGCUCAACGCCACCACGCAGGCGCCUCCGGCGGUCCAGCCUGUGCUCAACGCCACCACGCAGGCGCCGGAAAGCUAUGGAUGCAAUCUGGACUGUGAUUUUGACACAAACUUGUGUCAGUGGAGUCAGCUGCUCACUGAUGUGUUUGAUUGGAAGAGGCGUAGUGGACCCACUACUUCUAAAACUGGUCCAACUUCAGAUCACGCAACAGGAGGAGGCCAUUACCUUUACAUUGAAUCACAGAAUACCACACUGGGUAACACUGCUCGUCUCAUCAGCUCAGAAUGUUCAAUUACUGGCCCUCAUUGUCUGCAGUUCUGGUACCAUAUGUAUGGUUCAGCAAAUACUAUGGGCCUACAAGUUUACCUGCUCCAGAACAGUGUUGCCAAUACCAUUUGGCGGAAAAGGAACAACCAAGGUGAUCUUUGGCGUUUGGCUCAUGUAGACUUAAACAUGAGAGAGCAAUUUCAAUUAAUCAUUGAAGGACGAAGAGGUUCCAGUGAGCAGUCGGAUGUGGCCAUUGAUGACUUGAAGCUUUCUAUUGGAAGUUGCUCAGGUCAAAAUUUUGCACCAAGUCCAACUCAACCUGAGCUACCAACCUCCGCUUCCCUGACUGUGCUAGUACCUACAACAGUGGACGCUAAACCCCCUAUGCUCACUGAGGCAAAUGAGGCACCAAAGCCCACUGCACUCCAAGUUGUAACAGAAACUCCAUGGAUAACUGUGGGCACCACCACCACUCAGGUGCCGGUGGGCCACCCGGGGCUCAAUGCCUCCACGGCGACUCCAGCGGGCCACCCGGGGCUCAAUGCCUCCACGGCGACUCCAGCGGGCCACCCGGGGCUCAAUGCCUCCACGGCGACUCCAGCGGGCCACCCGGGGCUCAAUGCCUCCACGGCGACUCCAGCGGGCCACCCGGGGCUCAAUGCCUCCACGGCGACUCCAGCGGGCCACCCGGGGCUCAAUGCCUCCACGGCGACUCCAGCGGGCCACCCGGGGCUCAAUGCCUCCACGGCGACUCCAGCGGGCCACCCGGGGCUCAAUGCCUCCACGGCGACUCCAGCGGGCCACCCGGGGCUCAAUGCCUCCACGGCGACUCCAGCGGGCCACCCGGGGCUCAAUGCCUCCACGGCGACUCCAGCGGGCCACCCGGGGCUCAAUGCCUCCACGGCGACUCCAGCGGGCCACCCGGGGCUCAAUGCCUCCACGGCGACUCCAGCGGGCCACCCGGGGCUCAAUGCCUCCACGGCGACUCCAGCGGGCCACCCGGGGCUCAAUGCCUCCACGGCGACUCCAGCGGGCCACCCGGGGCUCAAUGCCUCCACGGCGACUCCAGCGGGCCACCCGGGGCUCAAUGCCUCCACGGCGACUCCAGCGGGCCACCCGGGGCUCAAUGCCUCCACGGCGACUCCAGCGGGCCACCCGGGGCUCAAUGCCUCCACGGCGACUCCAGCGGGCCACCCGGGGCUCAAUGCCUCCACGGCGACUCCAGCGGGCCACCCGGGGCUCAAUGCCUCCACGGCGACUCCAGCGGGCCACCCGGGGCUCAAUGCCUCCACGGCGACUCCAGCGGGCCACCCGGGGCUCAAUGCCUCCACGGCGACUCCAGCGGGCCACCCGGGGCUCAAUGCCUCCACGGCGACUCCAUCAGAGCUUCCAGGAUGCCUACUUGACUGCAAUUUUGACAUAAACUUUUGUCAAUGGAGUCAGCUGCUGAAUGUAUUUGACUGGGAACGGUAUACUGGAUCUCCUACUAAAAACUUUAGUCCCCUUUCAGAUCACAGAACAGAAGGUCAUAUCUACAUUAAAACAAACAAAACGACAGUGGGUGAAACUUCUCGUCUCAUCAGCACAAAGUGUUCAAAUACUGGCCCUCAGUGUCUACAAUUUUUGUACCAUAUGCAUGGCUCUUCUGACACAAUGGGUCUCCAAGUAUAUCUUCUUCAGGACAGCAAAGCAAUCACUGUGUGGGGGAAAACAAAUGAUCAAGGCAACAUGUGGCACCAAGCUCAAGUAAACCUAGUAACAACUAAGACAUUCCAGAUCAUUAUUGAGGGACAAAGAGGUUCGCAUGAACAGACUGAAAUUGCCGUCGAUGACAUUUUCCUUCGUUAUGGGUUCUGUGAAGACCUGCUUGAAAUGACAACUAAUGCUCCAGUUACCUUGAACUAUCAACAACACUCUAUAUGGCCACAAAUAAGUGGCUCUCUACCUCCAACCCCUCAAAGUAAAGUGACUAGGGGUCAGUGGGUUUUGACUGCAACUAAAUUAUCUCCAGAGGACAUCUGGCCACAAAUGACAAAUCCAUCUCAAACCAGUGCUAAACCAAAGGUUAAAGCACAAUCUCAAAAUCAAGCCUCAGCCUUUUUGACAUCCAGACCACGUUUCUCAACUUUGCAACCAGCAACACUUAAAACACCAUCUUGUGCAGAGAACAGCCAUUUCACUACUUGCAUUCCUGAAUGCAGUCCAACUUGUGCCUACCUUCAUGGCUCACCACACUGCAGUGGCAACAUCUGCACUGCAGGAUGUGUAUGUAAUGAUGGCUUUGUACAAAAAGGGAAGUAUUGUGUGCCUAUACAAGAGUGUGGCUGUGUGGACAGUAAUGGCUUCAAACAUAAUUUCAAUGAAGUGUGGUACACCAAUCACUGCAGUCAGAAAUGUGAGUGUAAUGAUGAUCGUGGCAGUGGGGCUGUUAACUGUCAUGAUGAGGGAUGUGAUGACGACGAAGUUUGUCUGCAAAGUGAAAUGGGCCAGUAUUACUGCACAUCUACAGACUUCAGUGAGUGCACAAUCGAGGGGGACCCAGAGUACAAAACAUUUGAUAAAAUGAAGCAUGACUUUAAAGGGAAGCACUUGUAUGUGCUGGUCAGGACCAAAAACCUGCCAAGUAACCUUCCAGAAAUCUACAUAGAGGGUACCAAUGCAUGUGGUGACAAUGACCGUGAAACAAUUAAGGGUGAAGGCAGCCAGUCUGGUGAAGAGGAUGAUGAAAGCAGUCAACAUCAAAUGGAACAAUUUCAAGAGCUUAAAGUUAAAGUGUACAACCACACUGUGGCACUCAAGCCCAAACGCAAGGUGUUUGUGGAUGGACAACAAAUUAAUAUUCCAGUCUCUCCAGCUCCUGGCCUGAACAUCAAUGAGCAAUCCUCUCGUAUUUUCCUGAGAACUGACUUUGGUUUUGGUGUGGACUUAAGUUCACGCUGCAAAGCAGAAAUCAUUUUACCACAUUUCUACAAGAGCAGGGUGGAGGGCUUGUGCGGAAACUUUGACGGCCGAAAAAGGAAUGACAGAGUGAAGUCUGAUGGAACUAUGGCAAAGAGCAUUGACGAAUUUGGAGAAAGCUGGAGAGUUUGAAUCGGAAAUGGUGUCAAUAAAUGUUUUUAACAUACA